AUGGAGGACCUCACAAUACCACAACUGGGAACCCGUGAAUCCUAUAAAUACCUCGGUGUACAACAGGCACUAGACAUCAAAACAACCGAGAUGAAAACUAUCUUCAAAGAAAAGUUCUUAAGCAGACUGAAAAAGAUACUUCAGAGCAAGCUUAAUUCGAAGGCCAUGUUCGAAGCUAUAAAUAUAUGGGCAGUACCCUGUAUAAGCUACUCGUUUGGAGUCAUCAAAUGGUUCAACACGGAACUAAAAGAUAUUGAUCAGAAAGUUAGGGCACUACUCACCAAACACGGCAUUCACCAUCCGCAUGCAUCCGUCAAUAGGUUAUAUGUUCCAAGGCAUGAAGGGGGGAGAGGGCUGCAGAACCUGGAAAUGAUACAUGACAGAACAGUUCGCGACACAAGAGAAUAUUUUCUGAAUAAAAACUUACCGUUUCACCGAACCAUAUGUCGAGAAGAUGACCGCUUGAGUCCGCUGAACCUGGCAGGACAAAUCGAACCACAACAACUUACCAUCGAAAAAUUGACUCAGGAGUGGCACAGCAAAGCGCUACAUGGAAGGUAUCCCGGGACCCUAAAAAACGAUCACGUCAAUAAAGAAUACUCACUUACUUACCUUAAAUCCGGAUACCUAUUUCCUGAAACUGAAGGAAGAUUGAUCGCCAUUCAGGACCAAGUGGUCCCAACAAGAUCAUACAUUAAGAACAUUACUAGACGCAACAUACCCACGGAUAAAUGUCGAAAGUGCUCCCAGGUGACUGAAUCCAUUCAGCACGUCACCUCAUCUUGCUCCAUCCUGGCUCCAACUGACUAUACGCAGCGACAUGACGCGAUGGCCAGAGUUUACCAUCAGGCGAUAGCCAAAAAGUGCGGACUAAUAAAAAAAACAGUAAGACCGUUUGAAUACCGACCCAGUAACAUAUUAGAAAACGAGCACUACAAAUUAUACUGGGAUAAUUUUAUCACAACGGACCAGACAAUCAAACACAACCGACCCGACAUCCUGCUCCACAAUAAAAUAGAGAGAACGAUGGAAAUCCUGGACGUUGCUAUCCCGGCCGAUGACAACAUAGCUAAAGCUUUCACGGAAAAACUAACGAAGUAUCAGGACCUGGCAUUUGAGAUGAAGACAAUCUAUGGCCUCAAAUCAACAACCAUACUGCCACUAGUCAUGUCCACCAAUGGGCUAGUGGAGAAACACCUAGUUGACAACACCCUAAGACUAGGUUUAGAAAAAGAGCUCGUGAGCACAGCUCAAAAGGAGGUAAUCCUCGCCAAUACUAGACUGGUGAGGAAGUUCCUUACAUCCCUCUGA